AUGGCGUGGAUUCUUCGUGCUGAAUUCGAGUAUUUACUGUGCCUUGCAUCCGAGAGACUGGAUGUGGCGAAGUCGCGAGCGUUGCUUCAUGCAUCACUUGAUGCCCGGCUACUUUUAACCGACGAUUUGCUAUACAGCAUGUACAUCGAUGCGGGAAAGGCCGCAUUAAAACAUUACCUAGGGGAAGGCAAGGACAGGCAGGGGCUAGGAUGGCAAAGCCGCACAUUCCAAGCGGCUGUAAUGGCUUGUAUAUGCGACGAUGUUAAUUUAGCUCAUGUUUUCACCGUCUUACGAGUGGAAGAGCUCUUAGAGAAUCUUGGGGAUGAACUCUCUCCAUCACAGUGCGCCAGAGUAAUGCUAGCAAUAAUCGGGGAGCUUCACCUUGUGCGACGUGACAUGCAAGAGGCGGAGAGCUCUGACUCCCCAGAAUUUGUCGAAUUUAGGGAGAAAAGCAGCAGAUUUCUGCAAAAGGCUUCACUCUUACUGAUGUCCCUUAUUGCAGAAAGCGGGCGGGAUCGUUUUUGUUAUGUGAAAGAGGCCCUUAUUCACCCGGAUGCCACUUGCUCGCGCCCGGCUCCCCUCACAAGCACAAACCUAAGCAGACCUAUUUCUGCAGAGGAUGCAGCGCUGGCGAAGGCAUGGAGGGGACGCGAGCCGUUCCAACUAGCGCAAGUGCUGAGGGCAGAUUUGGACGGGAGUGAUUUGUACACUUCGUCAAUGUAUUCCCUCUACAAAAGAGGAGACCCAGUGUUUGAGACGCUCUUGCAUAGCGGCAGCCUCCUAUCGCUGUGGCAUCGCUUGCAUUCUAUCUGUAGACACAGUGUUACACUGGGCCAAGAGACGAUCAAAUGGAGCGUUGUACGACAAGCUCCCAGACUGAACAGACUAAGGCAGCUGAUUUUGACACGGCUUAUCCAGUCUUUGUACCAGCCGCAAUAUACGCUACCUCUUGGUGGCCCUAUGAGCGUGGACGAGAAGAGAAGCAAUGAUUCUGAUAGGGCCUUAGCAGGGCUACUUGCUGAAAGCCUUGUGCUGUCAGGUGUGAAAGUCUGGUGCUUUGAGAGCUUGGCCCAGAAACAACAGAUCCUGCAAAUGGCAGGCGAAGGCCGAGCAACUCUAGCAUCCAAGCUGGACAGUAUUUUGUGCAUUCAAAUAGACCGUGGAUUUGUUGAGAUGCCUUUGGGGCAAGAGUUGCCUGACCUGGACGGUCUUGCAAGCCUAUUUGCUGAAGCUCCGGGAACUAGACCAAUGGAGCCUUACGAAGGGAUGCACUACACCGACAUGAACCUUUACACGCUAGUGCCGGACACAUAUACCUCAGGUAUCCGUUCCUCCAACUGGCCAUCUACUUCGUAUCGUAUUGGCUCCCGUUUGCACCGAGCUACGCCUAACAUGGGGAUACUGGACGAGUCACGUUUCUUUACCAACCCGAUGGUCACUGCCCUGCUCAACAAAAAUGCCCUUGUAGAAACAAUUAAUAGUUUCAUGUCGACUGAAGCGGUAGAAACUGUCUAA